AUGCCCUACGCGAGCCCUUACCCUCCCCUGGAUAUUCCAAAAUGCAACAUUCUCUCCUACGUCUUUCCCCCGGAGAAGACGCCAUCCAACAAGCCACUAUGGAUGGAUGCUGAGAAUCCCUCCAACAGUCUCUCGCCGGCCCAGAUGCUAUCAUGGGUCAAGAGAUUUGCGGUUGGGCUGGACCGACUGGGCGUCAAACAGCAACAAGCAGUCAUGGUCUUCACGCCGAACCAUCUCUAUGUCCCGAUGGCGUAUCUCGCCGCGGCUGGGUCCAAGCGGUUCUUUACUGGCGCCAAUCCCAUCUAUACAGUCAAUGAGGUCGCCCAUCAGAUGAAGGCAAUUGAAGCGGCGAUUGUGCUCAUCCAUCCGUCCUUGCUCGAUACCGGUGUAGCUGCGGCCAAACAAGCCAAUAUUCCAUCAGAGAGGCUUUUUCUCUUCUCUGACACUGAGUUCCCAGUCACGAAAGGUAUCAAGGAUUGGCGGUCUAUGGUCGCUUCAGAAUCGGAAGCUGAGUCUUGGAGAUGGGAUCCUCUUGAGGGGGAGGCUGCCCUGCAAACUGUUGCCGCCAUCAAUUUUUCGAGCGGGACCACUGGCCUGCCCAAGGGUGUGUGCAUCACGCAUCGUAACCUCAUUUCGAACGCGGCGCAAACCAUCUUCAACAAAUACGAGGGCACUCAGUACUCUGAACAAAAUCCCGGUCCUGAGCGCUGGCUUGCAUUUCUUCCCUUGUAUCACGCCUACUCGCAGCUGUGGACCAUCAACAUCGCAUGCCGACUUCAAGUCCCCGUCUAUGUCAUGCCUAAGUUUGUGUACGAAGAUUUCCUAAGGUACAUUCAAAAAUAUCGAAUCACAACACUCCAGCUGGUACCACCGGUACUUGUCAUGUUGAGCAAACGACCUGAAACGGCCAAAUACGACCUCAGCAGCCUCAAACAGUUUCUUUGCGGCGCGGCACCGCUCAAGAGUGAUUUGCAAAAUGAGAUCAUGACGAGAUUUAAUGUUGUCGUCGUUCAGGGCUGGGGUAUGACCGAGACAACAUGUGCCGGCAUCAUGAUGCCAGGCAUGACAAAAGAUCUGACGGGCUCGAUCGGAUAUCUGCUACCGAACACCGAGGCGAAGCUCAUGGACGAGGAAGGAAACGAAGUGACGGCGGAAGGCGAACCAGGUGAGCUCUGGCUGAGGGGACCACAGAUGCUACUUGGCUAUUGGAGAAACGAACAAGCCACCAAAGAGAGUAAGACAGAGGACGGCUGGUUCAAGACUGGCGAUGUGGCUGUCUGCAAGGACAAAAAGUGGUGGAUCGUCGACAGGAAGAAGGAACUCAUCAAGGUCAACGGCUUACAAGUGGCACCUGCUGAACUAGAGGCUGUCCUGCUCGAGCAUGAAGAUGUCGCCGAUGCCGCCGCCGUGGGCAUCACUGUCCACGGCGAAGAGCUACCACGAGCCUAUGUGGUUCUACAAGAACGCGCCAAGGGCAAGACGACCGAGGAGGAUAUCAAGGCUUUUGUGGCAAGCAAAGUGGCUCGGCACAAACGAUUGGCAGGUGGCGUCAAAUUCAUCGAUGAAGUGCCCAAGUUGGCCAGCGGCAAGAUUGUGCGCAAAUUGAUGAAGGAGUGGGCGAAGAGGGAUGCUCAGGAGGUUGAAGGCACUGUGAAAGCAAGAUUGUAG